AUGGCCGCUUUGCCAUCCUAUCAAGAUGCUGUUAGCAGACUCGACUGGCUCCAACUAGUCACGUCAUACGUCGCGGACAAGGACCUCGCCAGCCUUUGUUCAGUGAAUAGACGCUUCUACCUUCUCUUCGCACCCCGCCUCUGGAACGACCCGUUGGUCGCCGUACGACGUCUGGGAUUGCAUCCCAGCGACGACUUGGAGUGGUACCUCUCCUUUGUCUUUGAUCACAUGCAGCUUGUGCGGCAGUCGACCCUGGCGCUGAUCACCACUCUCGACUUCCGUGACUUCGCCAAAGACAAUGCUCAUUUCUCGUCCGACAAUAGCCCCAGAACAAUCCCCGAGACUCUGCGCAGAUUGCCCGGGAUAUUACCGAAUCUAAGAUGCAUUCUCUUGGACGGCCAUGUCGACGCAGAUCCCGCCUUUCUAGCUGCCACCCCGCCACCCGACCCAACUACACCCUCUGGCAGCAGCCAUGGCGUGCUGGCGCUGAGCCUCGCUCACUGUCAGACUCAGCUACCUAACGGCUUCUUCUACUCGGAUAGGGUCCAGCACCUGGUAUAUCUCGAUGUCUCCGGCCUGCCUGGCUCCCUGCAGCCGCUUGUAGCAGCGGUCAACGGACGGCGGAACCUCGGCCGCCUAAAGAUCCUCAAAGCGAGGCGUCGAGAGCUCAACGACGCAACGGCUUUGUCCCUGUUCGAAGCUUUCAAGAGCUCGCUGUGGAGUCUGGAUAUUGCCGAAAACAACAUUACGGACAGCGCUCUCGAUCGGUUUGUCACGCACUGCUUCAAUAGUCCGUCUUUGAGGUCUCAGUCCCGAUUCGCGACCGAGGGCAGGCUUGUCUUUGAUGGCCAUGGCAACGGCACCUACGGCCAGUUCAUGUCCAUCCAGGAAUCUGACUGGAGCGGUACCUUUAGUCAUCCGGAGCGUCACUUCGUCGAUGCUCCCGCCUAUCGUGCCGAUGCAAAUCGGGUUCUGCAAGAGGACGAAGCAGUCCGGACCAAUGGCCGGACGCCUCUGCGGAGAGACAGCGUGGACUACGUUAAGGCCGCAAUUGCGGGGGGCAUGGAUCAACCGGCGCCUGACUGGUCCGACAUGCCGUAUCUCGACGUCUGCACUGCACCUGUGGGGAUCACGCAUCUGCACCUCUCAGACAAUCGCGGCCUUACUUCAUCGGGCUUGGAGAGGUUGAUACGAACCUCUCAGGGCCAACUAGAAGAGCUGUCUUGCGAUUCUCUGCUGUUUCAGCCGGUCCACCGUUCUGCCGCUCAGCAGCACCUCCCGUGGCCUAGUGAUAUGAAGCUGCGCGGCGCCCUGGGCUGCGCCUAUGUCUUCCGUCCGGUUCUUUCGUCUAAUCUAAGGGUUCUGCGCAUUCACCAUUCACUGGUAACUCAAAUACCGACACUUGAGACUGAUGGCCUGUCGACCAUGGCGCGCCUGUGGUUAGCUGAGACAAGCAUCAGGGAACGAUCCGAGAUGGCUUUCCCCGCAGCUUUCGAGCCGGACACAAACCCUCGACUGACAUCGUUGACUUUGACCAAUAUCCCCCGUCGCUCUAGUGGGCCUUUGAUCGACAAGAUUUUGCAUUUCAUGAGCCUGGCGGGCCUACAAGAGUAUGCGAUACACGCAAUGACUCACUCGUCUUCUCGACGGGGUCCUGUACCGCUCCGCGGCCUGCGUCAUAUUCGCCUGGAAUUUGAAGCCGACCCGAUCGAGGACCCCACCGGCUUCUCAACCGUGGAAGACCUCGACGCCCAAGAGCUCUUGAAACUGGAUGAAGGUGAGGGCUUCAGCUUCUUUGCAGGCGAGCGACCCCAGCCUCGCACGUCUGCUGAGACGGCCACGAAAAAGAAAGCAACAGAAAGUGGCGGUCAUCCUGCGGGGCCGCAUAAAGUCACUACCAGCCGCUUAGCAGGCUCUCUUUGCGGCGAUAUGGACGGUGAGUACAUGAGCUACGGUGACACUUGGGGACAGCAGCAGAUCGACCGCAAGGUAUGGGUCGGCUCAGGUGUCCCAAGUACCAGUCCCGCCGUCAAUGAGUACACGAGGCUCGUGAUGCACCCGCCGCUGAGGAGCCGAGUCGGGCCUGCGUCCCUGGCGCACGUCAGGGCUGGCGUCCCGGCGGGAGCGCUCCUCUUCCACGCAGCGUGGGACGCCAUCGUCAUGCCGCCGGAGUUGAGACCGCCUAGAAGGACGGAACUCCAUGGAAUGCGGGACGUUCUGGAGGCGGUCAAGAGAUUCCGCGCCGAGACCAGGGCGGGCUGCGAGGCCGCCAGAGGGGCGGCCGUUGAGGGCAUGGCAGAGCCCACGAGGCCGCGUCAUUUCUUCUGGACUGGGAGGCUUGAGGUUUCCGCCCAGCAGAGCAUGGCACACUAUCGAGCGCCAAGUUAUUGGCGGUAG